AGCAGCAGGACCUAGUCUUGGUGCCAUACGCCAGCACCUCCUAAAAUGAGACUCUUGGGACUUCUACCAUUCCUGGUACCAUUCAUCCUCCUGGGGGGUGUCCAGGAACCUGGGCUGGUGGAGGGGCUCUUUUUCAAGUCGUGUCCCAAAAUCAGAGUAAAAUGUGAAAUCGAAGAGAGGAACCAGUGUACGAGGCACAGGGAGUGCCCAGAGAAUAUGAAGUGUUGCAUGUUCAGCUGUGGAAAGAAAUGUUUAGACCUCAGAAAAGACGUAUGCAGUAUGCCAAAGGAAACUGGCCCCUGCAUGGCCUUUCUCCCACGCUGGUGGUUCAAUAAAGAAACUGAGAUGUGCUCCAAAUUCAUCUAUGGCGGUUGCCAAGGGAACAAUAACAACUUUCAGACUGAAGCUAUCUGCAUGGUUGUCUGCCAAAAAAAUAUACACAAAUUCCUGAUAGGAUAAGGAGGAGCUGAAGCCAUCUUGGGGCUUGCUUUGCAAUCCAGGACUCUCUCCAUAUGUGCCUGACCAAAGCUCCAUAUUGGCUUCCACUGGUCACCUUCUGCCACUCCAAUGUUGGCUGCUCCAAAAACUGAACCCCAGGAUUUCCUUACUCCUUUUCUCUACUUGACUUCACCUCAAACAUGGCGGCCUUCACCACAUGGGCCUUCCUCAGUGUGAGACCCUAUUUCUUCAACUUUCAGGAUCCCCAUUUAUUGCCGUGAAGCCUCCAGUUUCCCCUAAUAAAG